AUGAGUUCCCAUCAGCAAAAGCAGCCCUGCACAGCUCCUCCUCAGCUACAUGAGCAGCAAGUGAAACAGCCUUGCCAGCCACCACCUCAGGAGCCAUGCGUCUCACAAAUCAAGUCACCCUGUGACACCAAGGUUCCUGAGCCCUGCGACACCAAAACUCCUGAGCCCUGCCACCCCAAGGUUCCUGAGCCCUGCCACCCCAAGGUUCCUGAGCCCUGCCACCCCAAGGUUCCUGAGCCCUGCCACCCCAAGGUUCCUGAGCCCUGCCACCCCAAGGUUCCUGAGCCCUGCCACCCCAAGGCUCCUGAGCCCUGCCACCCCAAGGCUCCUGAACCCUGUCCCUCAACCGUUGCUCCAAUACUAGCCCAACAGAAGACAAAGCAAAAGUAA